UCAAACUGCUGAUGCAUUGAAAUCAUUUGAUCAGUUGCUAAAAUGUUCAAAAAUGAAUAUCAGGGUGGCCCAUUCGUUGAAAUCUUCAGUGCUCAAGGCAAGAACACUGGGACCAAAUGGAAAAUUUCUGGCAAUCCUUCAGUCAUAGGGAAAGAAUAUGAUAAGGAAGUGAAAGGUUUCGUCAUUGUCCUGGAAGGAAGCGGUCAAACCAACAAGAUGCAGCUUCCAAAAGAAACUAAGCAGGCCCUUGGACUGAUCCAGCAAUUUUUGGUACUUCAAAUUUACGUACCACUGGGACAAGAUUUCUCAGCUGAAUUACUGAUAACUGAUUUAGGAAAUAUUAAAAGAAGAUUGUAUUUAUCGACGAUUCACAAAGAAUUGUCUGUAACCCCUCUGCAUGCAAAAAUCCCUCUCUUUAUGAUCAAACGCAAAAUUUGGUGCAAUUUGUGCAUUGACUUGGUGGCAUUUACCAGUGAGAUAUUCAAAGGCGCUGUUUUUCAGUCUUUGGAUGGCAUUAUUGUUUCAGCCAAUUGUAAACUGCGAAAAAUCUUCACAUUGAAGUCAACCCCCCUGAACGCCGCAGAUGACGAUGCUGAUGGACCAAGAGAUACGAUUCCUCGAGCCUGUCAAUUAAAUGCAGAUGUGCAGCAAGUCACACAGCUGCUAAACAUGAAGAAACUGCGCCAAACAGAACAAAGAUGUAGAGGCCAGCCUUUAAAUUCACCAGAAUUAGGUACUCUUAAUGAUUAA